GAACUCUGAUUUGCCGUUUUCAGAGCUGCCUUUGAAGUAUCGUGAGAUUACAUUCAGGAAGUGAUUCUCGGCAAUGUGAAAGAAAUGCUUCCAGACGUUUGCAAAGUGAUAUGACAUCCAUGGCGGGACAACUGAAGCGUCUGAAGGACGCAGUGAAGAUCAUUGGGUCCGGCAGCGUCCUGUUUGUCUCCUACCUCACUGCUGUGGGAGAUGAGCGCUUCUACACCAACCAGCUUAUGCCCUUGCUGCAGAGGAUUGUGGAAGCAGAGACAGCCCAUGUCAUGGCAGUGAGGUUAAUCGGCCUAGGUCUGGUGCCUCUGAACCGCUACCAGGACCCAGUAUCACUGGAAGUGAACGUCAUGGGCUGUAAAUUCAAGAACCCCAUAGGGAUAGCAGCAGGAUUUGACAAGCAUGGGGAGGCUGUUGACGGGCUUUAUAGACUAGGCUUUGGCUUCGUGGAGGUGGGGACCAUCACCCCCAAACCCCAGGAGGGGAACCCCAAACCACGUGUGUUCAGACUGACCACUGACCAGGCGGUCAUCAACCGAUAUGGGUUCAACAGCUGUGGUCUUGCAGCAGCACGGGAGAGACUAAAGGCAAGAGAAGGCACCCAGGUAGAGCUGACUAAAGCUGGCCUGCCCCUGGGCAUCAACCUGGGAAAGAACAAGCUGUCGCAGGACGCAGCGGUAGACUACCUGGAGGGGGUGCGGACGCUGGGCCCUCUGGCUGAUUACCUGGUGGUGAACGUGAGCAGCCCCAACACCCCAGGCCUCAGGGACCUGCAGGGGAAAGGGGAACUGCGACAACUGCUGUACAAGGUGCUGAAGGAGCGUGAUGCCCUACAGGGGGCGAGCAGGCCCCCUGUACUGGUAAAGAUUGCCCCUGACCUCACCGCCCAGGAUAAGCAGGACAUUGCUGAUGUGGUCACAGAGCUUGGUGUGGAUGGGCUGUUGGUUUCCAACACUACAGUAUCCAGGCCUGAGACUCUACAGGACCCCCAGAGUAAAGAGGUGGGAGGGUUGAGCGGCCAGCCCAUCAAGGAGCUCUCUACAUGCACUGUGAGAGAGAUGUACAGCUUGACAAAAGGUAAGGUGCCAAUCAUUGGAGUUGGGGGUGUAGCCAGUGGACAAGAUGCCCUGGACAAGAUCUGUGCUGGAGCCUCAUAGGUUAAAGAUGUGUACAACUGAACCAAUCAUGGUCCACCAGUUAUCACCAAAAUCAAAAGGGAACUAGAACAGCUUUUAAAAGAACAAGGAUUUGCAAGCAUAUCGGAUGCUGUUGGAGCUGACCAUAGAGGAGCCGAGGGGAGAUUAACAACAGCCUAGUUAGGAACAAUGAUCAAGGCUCUGAGUGUCAGUAUCAGUCAGCUCUACAGGUUUGACUGAUUACACUACAGUUUCCUGCCUUUACUUGAAGUCUAUAGUACAUGGAGUGGCUUGCCUGAUCAAUUCAUGUAACGACUGCCUAGAAUGAUAUCUGUACACACAAAUAUUACAGCCUAUUACAAAUAUUACAGAACCUGCCCCAUUUCACGGUUCUUACUUGGCGAUGUAACCGUAAGAAUGGUUAAGUGCUAAAUGACACCAAAGUGCUAACAGUAUUUUGACACUAGCAGUCACGUCAUGUGUAAUGUAUGUAAAAAAUAAAUGAAACGUUUAAAAUUAGGUAAAUAUGUGUGCUCUUCAGAAAUACUGUGUGCUGCUAUUUAUACAACUGUGACCAUAGAAAUUGAACAUUUGUUCACAAAUAACUUCCAUUCAAAGUGCUUAACUUCACGUCUCUUGUAAAUCGCUGAACUGCUACCCACAUAAUGGAGACCUCGUCUGAAAUUAGUGCUGAUCACCUAGCAAUGAGCAGAAUGACAAUUACCUGACAAUUACCAUUUAGCCUUGCAGCAGUAGUCAGUUAAACACUGAGGAAAUAUAACAGCGUUGACAUUUAAAGAAAGGGCAAUGGCACAAUUACUUGCCAAAUGUCAGCAGGCUUUAAUUACACAUGAUCCCACUGUAAGAUGGUAAAACUUAACUCUCAGCAGUAUAACUGAGGAGAAGUGUACCAGAACAAGCUGACAAAGAGGACCAAGUCCAACCGGAUGCACUAAUAGUUCUGUCUUAUUUCUGACCUGUUACAUACAUUGAACUGCUCCUGUUACGAGUGUAAUGUCAAGGGGGUACUUAAUGGAUGUUAAGGCAUGUACAUUAAACUAUAUAGUUGACCUAUUUGAGAAACAUGAACCUUCGAGCACACGCCUCAGGCAAGAAUAAAAGUCCAUUUAAAUUA